UUCUAUAAAAGAGCAAUGCUCUGACUCUUUUCUUCUCACAUACGAGAGAGAGAUGGGAUCAGUGGGUGCUGAAAAGCCUCACGCCGUUUGCAUUCCAUACCCAGCACAAGGCCAUAUCAAUCCCAUGCUAAAACUAGCUAAGCUCCUCCAUUUUAGAGGCUUCCAUAUCACCUUUGUCAACACCGAAUACAAUCACAAACGCCUACUAAGGUCUAGAGGCCACGGUUCUCUCGACGGCUUGACCGAUUUCCACUUCGAAACCAUACCCGACGGCCUCCCACCAUCCGAUUCUGAUACCACACAAGAUAUCCCAGCCCUCUGCGACUCGACUAGCAAGCACUGCUUAGCCCCAUUUCGUCAUCUCCUAACAAGUCUCAACCAAACCGACGGUGUACCUCCUGUAACUUGCAUAGUCUCCGAUGGGGUUAUGAGCUUCAGUCUACAAGCAGCUGAAGAGCUUCACAUUCCCGAGGUUCUCUUCUGGACGACAAGCGCCUGCGGUUUCUUGUGUUAUCGCUAUUAUUGCGAACUCAUCAAAAGAGGAUUUACUCCAUUAAAAGAUGAGAGUUACUUAACGAAUGGAUUUCUCGACACCCAGAUCGACUGGGUACCGGGUAUGAAGGAUAUUCGUCUCAGAGAUUUCCCAAGCUUCAUUCGAACAACGGAUCCCGACGAUAUCGUUCUCAACUUUGUGGACAGAGAAGCUCGUAGGGUUUCUAAAGCAUCAGCACUCAUUCUAAAUACAUUCGAUGAGAUGGAACAUGACGUUCUAGAUGCUAUUAAAUCCAAGAUUCCUAAUACUUACACCAUAGGUCCCCUAUCCAUUUUAUGUGAUCAGUUGCCGGAGAGCCCGUUGAAGUCGAUAGGAUCGAAUUUGUGGAAGGAGGAGAUGGGUUGUCUUGAAUGGUUAGAUUCAAAAGAGCCUGGAUCGGUUGUUUAUGUAAAUUACGGUAGCAUCACUGUAAUGACGGCCCACCAGAUGAAAGAGUUCGCAUGGGGGCUAGCGAAUAGCAACCAUCCAUUCUUAUGGGUCAUCCGGCCGGAUCUUGUAGCGGGCGAGUCGGCAAUGCUGCCACAGGAGUUUAUGGAGAUGACCCACGAAAGAGGACUGCUCGCAAGCUGGUGUCCGCAGGAGAAAGUGCUGAAACACCCUUCGAUUGGAGGGUUCCUAACUCAUUGCGGGUGGAAUUCGAUGCUGGAGAGUGUAGGUGGUGGAGUGCCGGUUUUAUGCUGGCCGUUCUUCGCUGAGCAACAGACGAAUUGCCGGUAUGCAUGCACUGAGUGGGGGAUUGGAAUGGAAAUAGACAACAAUGUGAAAAGGGAUGAAGUGGAAGAGCUGGUUAGGGAAUUGAUGGAAAGAGAGAAAGGGAAGGAGAUGAAGAAAAAGGUAAUGGAGUUGAAGGAGAGUGCUGAGAAUGCUACCAAGAAAGGAGGAUCUUCUUACGUCAAUUUGGACAAAUUAGUCAAUGACGUGCUUCGCGCUGUUGUUUGAUUAAUUACUCCCAUCCAAAUUCAUUGGCUGUUAAUCCUUUUGUUUCACUUCUUAUGGCCGGAUCCAGCGCCUCCACCUACUAGGUCCACAUGCUGAGAUGCCUCAUGAUUUGAACCGUCCAUAUUUUAUCAUUGCUAUAAAUAAGCUAUUACUUAAUACUUAUUAUGAUCUUAAUUAAAAAAAAAAAAAAAAAAACGGUGUCUUUUAUUUGCUAUUUGCUGUAAUAUGAUUGGGCAUAUUAUCGCAUAUUAUAUUUAGUGAUGACAUAUACCAAUCACAAUGCAGUAAAACACGAUCUCCCAAUCUGUGACAGGCAGAGAUCGAAUUGUCUUGUUUUCUUAUACUAAUCCCGGUCUUACCUUUGACCAUAGGACAAAAUGAGGUCUUUGCUCAUGGCUCAGUAGUAGACUCAAGAGUUUUAACACACAGAUCAUGGGUUGAGAACUCAUCGUGGUGUGUGUAUGGGUGUGAGCGUUUUAAAAUAAAUAAAUAAAAAUAAAAUAGGAUUCUUUUUUUUUAUUU